AUGCACUUUUCCACAGCGCCGGGCUCGUCAGGUCCCGUGAUCUCCAAGUUGACGGACACUCCCGCACCCAUUUACGCACAUGCUGGUGCUAGGCGACAAAUGGUGGGCGACACAUUCACCUUGGGGGAUUCGACAGUUGAGAGGGCCCGCCGCCCCGUAUCUGGUCAGCGGCCACGGAUUGGACGGCCGGAAGAAACGUCUGAGGAGGCAGCAGAGCGCGUCGUCCAAUGGAACCCCGUGGCCGGGGUGCGCUUCCAUCUGCAGCUAAUGCAACAACCACUUCCCUGUCCGUUCGGCCUAGAGAGAUCCGUGCAUAUCAAGGCUUGCUACCCGAAAGACCAAAGGCUGCAAUGCAUGCACAUCGGUGGACCGUGUCCGCAUCGAGGCGGGCCCUCGCAUUGCGCUGCUUGCUCCACUGAACGUGUGCAUGAGAUUGUGGCGUUCCACCCGGGUACAUGCCAUGUCAACAAUCCCCGAACCUCUCCGGAGUUGCCUUCUUGGUUGUAUUAUCUUCUACCUCUUGGGCCCAGCAUAAGAUGCCUACUAUACUUGUGCUGGUCUUACCGGCACAUGGCUUCGCGUGCUAACGAAUUAACCUACUCAUAUCUAACCAACCCAGUACAGCUUUCUCUUUCCACGAAGCAACAGAGAAUGUAG